AUGGAAAUUGUGCAAUUUGAUUUAUUGGAUCAUCAUCGAAUUUGCGCCCAUGAUUUUUAUGCGCAAAUGUUUGGUAAUACCAAUUACACUCAGGUACAAACACAAACAGGUGAUGAUGACUUGAAUUGUUAUGUACAAACAGAAGAAGUGGACAAGGAGACAGUAUGGACACAAAUUCCAUAUUCAGAUCAUCAAGAUUGUGGUGUAGUGAAUAUUUCGAAUGAUAUCGAUUAUCACAAACAUUUUGAUAUUGAUGAUUCUGAAAUUAACUUUUUUAAAAUUGGUCAUUUUGAAAUGGAAAAAUUUCGGAAGUUUAUUUCUAUUGCUGGACAGGUUUUUAUUGAUAUAAUGCAAUCAUCAUCAAAUUGUACAGCUAAACUAUCAUUAGAAUACCGUACGUCGUCAUUUAAAUUUAGCACAGCUGCUAAAAUUACAAGUAUACUUCAUUGGGAGAAUCAUUUGUUUGUGGCAUUUUAUAUUGAACAAACUUCAAAUGAUGAUAUGAUCAAUCGGAAUAUUAUUAUUGAAUUCGAUAUUUGUAAACCAAAUAUUCCUCAAAAAAUUUUACUUUGUGAAAAUGAAGUAAAAUGUCUUUGUACAUCACCGGAUGGAAUCAGUGCUGUGUUUGUUGGCCUGGCAAGUUAG